AGGUUGCUAUGGUGACAGACUAUGGAGCCUUUAUCAAAAUCCCAGGCUGUCGGAAGCAAGAAUGUGGUAUGGAAUCAACAACCAGUUCUCUGAUUCUCUGAUUCUUUGAUACCAAUGAGUUGACCUCUCCCCUUACCUGAGGAUAUUUUUUCAUUGAUUUUUAGAGAGAGGGAAAGGCAGAGAAAAAUAUCGAUCUAUUGGUUGCCUCUUGCAUGCACCCGACCAGGGCCUGGACUGGGGAAGGAGCCUGCAACCAAGGUCUGGUCCAUCGAACUCACAUGUCAUCCUGUCGUGUGGAUAAGCCUUCUGAGAUAGUAGAUGUUGGAGACAAAGUAUGGGUGAAGCUUAUUGGCCGAGAGAUGAAAAAUGAUAGGAUAAAAGUAUCUCUCUCCAUGAAAGUUGUCAACCAAGGGACUGGGAAGGACCUCGACCCCAACAACGUUAUCAUUGAGCAAGAAGAGAGGCGGAGGCGGUCCUUCCAGGAUUACACUGGGCAGAAAAUCACCCUUGAGGCUGUCCUGAACACUACCUGUAAGAAGUGUGGCUGUAAAGGCCACUUUGCAAAGGAUUGUUUCAUGCAACCAGGUGGGACCAAAUACUCUCUGAUACCUGAUGAGGAUGAGGAAAAGGUAGAGGCAAAGGCAGCAGAUUUUGAUAAGGCUGACCCUACAAAGAAUUCUAGGAAAAGAAAGAAGGAAAAGAAGAAAAAGAAACAUAGAGACAAAAAGUCAUCUGACUCUGACAGCUCAGACUCUGAGAGUGAUACAGGCAAGAGGGCAAGGCACACAUCAAAGGACAGCAAGGCGUCAAAGAAGAAAAAGAAGAAGAAGAAGCACAAGAAGAAGCACAAGGAGUGAGAGUGCAGAGUAGAGGGGGUGGCUGAGAGAAGAGGGAUCCAGGAGCCUUGUCCCUUGCAGCCCUGGUUCCUAGACUCAGUAGUGAGGAUAUGGCCUCCCACCCCAUGACUCUCCCACUGGGAGAUGGCUUCCUCUCAUGCUGCAGGGAGCCAGAUGUCAAAAGCAUCUGCCUGAAUGAGUUGUUUCCUUGUCACUCCUGGUCCAUUUGCAAGUGACCCCUGCAGCUCACCCAUCCAUUCACCCAAUUUCCUUCAUUCAGCAGGAGGUCCUUUUACCCUCUCCAGCUGCCACUGCCAGAGCUUGAUUCCUGUAGAGGAGUCCAGGCUAGAGCCAGUUACUGCUCAGGCUGUAGUUGGAGAAUAGUGCCUGGCCCCUCCCUGUUGGUUCCCCCUGGGCUGAUUGGUGGGUGAUUUCUGCUGUAUCCAACACAGGGGCGGAUGGAUGGAGACGGGCAUUCUGAGGGAGAACAUAAGAAGUGGUGCUCACUCUUUCCAUUCCCCCUAACAUGAUUCUGCUAUGCUAGAAGUGACAGCCAGAAACCAUUGUAGUGACUAAGCUUGUGUGUGACAUUCUGCCAGACCACCAAACCAGACAGCUCGAGCUAAGAUCAUUGUUUUACUUGUGUUUAAUACUAUGAGUCAAUGGAUUCCA